CUCAGACUCUUCCCUCAGCGAGCAGCGCGCUGAAUCCUAAAGAAACUUGCGCGAUGAGCGCGCGCGAGCGUGUGUGUGUGCGUGCGUGUGUGCGUGCGGUCCUCCGGUGAUUUGGUGUCCGGAGCAUGAGGAGCGCACCGGGGCUCGGCGCGCGCGGACCGGUCUCAGAAACGCGGCGCGCGCAGCAGCAGCAGCAGUGUGUAACGGGCUGAGUGACCGCGAGCCGGACGUCAUGGGCAUCCUGCACCUCCUGCUGCUCCUCAUCUACCUGGACCCGCUGUGCGCGAGCCGGAAGCAAGGGAAGCACGCGCCGCGGCGCACCGCCAAACCCAGGGAGAUCGUCAACGGCACCGCGACCGCGACCGCGCCGACCGCGCGCGCUCCCGCCCCCCGGGUCCGCGCGCCCUCUCCGCCCGUCGGCGGCGACCACGACACGUGCCUGGGCUAUUACGACGUGAGCGGACAGUACGACAAGGAGUUCGCGUGCAACAACACGGACCACCGGUACUGCUGCGGCAGCUGCUUCCUGCGCUUCUGCUGCCCGGUGCGCGCCAAGAGGGUCGAGCAGCGCGCGUGCACCAACUACAACACGCCCGACUGGGUGAAGACGCAGCCGCCGUCUCCCGCGCCCACCGCCGACGCCUACGACCCGGAUCUCGACCGCACCAACACCACCGUCUACAUCACCUGCGGCGCCGUCGCGCUCGUGCUGCUGCUCGGCAUCGCCGCCAAGGUGGCGUACGACAAGGCCACGCGCCCGCCGCAGGAGAUGAACGUGCACAGGGCUCUAGCGGACAUCCUCAGGCAGCAGGGCCCUACCCCGGCCUCUCAUUAUGAGCAGGAGAACAUGGCUACUAUCGAUGGCUCACCGAAAGACAGCACGCCUGUACGCAGCAACAAGAACCACUACACACCUGUACACAACAAGAACAACCAUGGGCAUCAUGGGAAGGAGAAUUUCCGCAGUGCUCAGGACAUGCACAACUUCAUCUCCUCUGGGUUCGUCACGCUCGGCCGAGGACAACUGAAAGCUCAACACUCAGUGGAUGAUCUGGGGUGGCAAGGAGACCUUGACAUCCCUCUGUCAUACGGGAACCAUCAUCAUGACUACACAAGCCAUGUGGACCUGACGGGAUCUCACACGCCUAAAAUCGGAUACAGAAUAGAGCGCUACGAAAAGCCUCGGAUGAACAACAUCCUGACGUCACAGACAGAACCGUAUGAUCUGUCGUUCUCUCGCUCCUACCAGAACCUCACUCACCUCCUGCCUUCGUAUGACAUGCCGCUGAAAUCCGACCUUGGUGAUAAUAACUAUUAUGGGAGGAAGCAUCACCUACCUGAUGUGACUCCAAAGCUGGUGAAGUUGGCUCCGGAGACACCAGUGCAGCGAGUAAAGCCACGUCGUGUGCAACGUGCCAUGUCCCAGGACCAUGUUCUCUCACCCGUUGUCUCACGCCGCGACUAUGUUGCACCCGCGUACGCAUUUACGGAGGAUCUGCUCUCGGCUGAUCGCUUGCAAUCCCGGGAUCCUUUGCUCUCACCGGACAAGCUGUUGUCUCUCCGACGAGCCGAUUUCCGUGAGAAGUCGAUGGCUCGUGCUCUCUCCCACACAGACAUGUUCGUGCCUCCCACGCCCACCAUCGAUCGACACCACAGGAUGGCGAAGGCACACUCACACUCUCAGCAGAGCGAUGCCAGCGACGACGGGUACAGGGGGAAUGAUGGGCUGCUAAGUGUCAGUGGCAACAAGAGGCAGGCCUUUGCCUCUAGACGGACACACACAGUUGACCACUUGCAGUAUAUACCCGGACAUCACCAUCAUCAGUACCGCACGGCCAGCAAGAAUGAAGUGACAGUGUGAGCACAGAGACAGGGUCAGAGUGAGCAAGACAGAAGGAAUCGACUUUAUCACAUGGCAAUAUUGCAAACCAAACAGAAAUGAGAGUUAAAGAGGGGGAGGUAGAGAAACACAUAGGAGGAAGAAGAAGGGGAAAUAGGAAAACAUCAGUUUUAUACUGCCAGCAAAACAGAAGUGCCAGUCUAAGCCCCUGUAAAAAAAUAACUAAAAGGAGGAGGUAUGGAGACAUAUGGAUCUUUAAGAUUAUGGAGCAAUUUUCCUGCAGUUCAGAGUGAAAGAAAGAGAUAGACUGGGCAGGAGGUCACUGAAGACACGUUGCAGUAAUAUAUACUGUGUGUGGUAAGUGUGUUAUUAGUCACGAUAACUGAGGUGUCCCAAUUUUCGAUUUUCUUCUUCUUUCUGCUUUUGACCUUGACUUGUCCCAGAUUUCAUCUCAAAGCUUCAGCCUCGACAUCUUCUGGGUCAUUUGAAAAAAAAAACAGAAAAAAAACAGAGAGAAUCCACUUCCCUCCUCAUGCCUCUGGUCAGUGUAAGGGCUCGCACAUUAACACACAAAACACAUCCCACUAAAUGGGCUGCAGUCCAACAAAAUGACUUGUGGGGGCUGGGGAAGCAGGAUGGAAAAAAAGACCUGUUUUAACUUUCUACAGAUAUAUAAAGAGACUUAUGGUUUGUAAUUCUAGCUCUGAGUUUAGCUUUAGAAAUUAUUCAUAGAUACUGUAUAAACAACAAUGAAGAGGUUAUGGGUGUUUCAUGCAAACGAAAUUACACUGCGCCAUUUCGUCUGAAGUGGAGUAAGGGUUAAAAAAGCACAAUUGAUACAGUUAACAGUUAAAAAAUGUUUUUUCACAUUUUUUUUUGUUUGUUUUUUUGGUAUACCUACCAGCUCCUGUCUGCCUCUUAGAGGCAAUAUGUGCCAGUUUUCUAGCAUACACGGUUGUAAAUAAGCUGUGAUUGCUGUAGUUCAGAGAGUAAAGUUAGCUCCGAUUUUUUUUUCAAACCUCAGUGAUCUCAUUUUCACCAUCCAGCCGUACCGUAAAUGUGAAUGUGUGUGAUUGUCAGGGUGAGUGCAGCAUGUAUGUGAUAUUUUUUUUAAAUACGUACUGAUUGUGAACAUGUAGUUCAGUCGGACUUGGCUACAUGUUUCCAACAUCAAUUGACUUUUUUUGCUAGACAAAUUGUCCUGCAGUCAUGAAACUACAAACAUAUAGCAUAAAACCGGGAUUGUUUUGACAGUUAGAUAAUAACCUCAUAACAUGAUGUCUGUUAAGCUUUCAUUUAUUCAUUUCUAUGAUUGUUUUUUAUUUAUUUUUUUAUUUUACCAUUAUAUCUUCCUCUAAUUGUAUUAAUACUGAUGUCUCAACUUAAAACAAGUCAAAACUAAACAAUACCUCUCAUGUUUUUGGUUUUGUCGAUCCACAGUUCUGGAUUUCAUAUUAACUGAAAGGUGGAAAGUGUGUCGCAAACAUUCCCACCUGUGACAUCAUUACUGUUAAGAUCCACCCAUGCAUUUAGUUUCUAAUCUGUUAAGAUCUCAAAUAACAUGAGCUAAUUUGUUUGGUGUACGUACCAAAAGUGGGUGUGUUUACAUAGCGAAUCCGGUCCCGAUUUUAAGAAACAAAGUGGAAAAGAUGUGUACAUCAAUUUUGCCUUGAGGAAAUACAAUAUGAACAUUGAAUAAAAAAAGUGUUGGUUUAUGAAGUGUCCAUGAAUGAAAAGCUUUCUAUUUCCUAUAGACAUCAGAGACAUAUAUCUGUUGUAAUUUAAAGAAAUUGUUUGAUCUUUGGGCUUAAUUUUUUGGUGCCAAAUACAAACGAAAUUGCUCAUAAAUUGUUCAUGAGA